AUGUCAACUACCAUUGGUGCUACAGCCACAUCGGACCAGCCUAGCUCAGUUAGCAAGAAAGAACUGGGUGCAAGUAGGAAGUCGGCCGCUCAGGAUGGAUCGUCGCCAUCAACUAUCAAGAGCAAGGGCGCAGGAAGUACACCUGCUGGAGGCAACCAUGGCAACAACGUUAGCACCAGCCCUGGUGCAGCUAAUUCGAAAUCCGUCGGGAAUGGCCACAGUACACGGAGCAACGACAAGAGUAAAAAAGCGGCUGCGCUUUCAAAUACCCCUUCACCUCUUGGUGCAACCGCGACAUCCUCCUCGGCGACUAAUGCAGGAUCAGCAACGACGACAGCGGGUCAAGGAUCGGAGGAUAUAGAACCCCCUCAAAAGAAAAUCAAGACUGGAUCAGGAUUGGGGGAAGGCAACAACUCCACCAUGAAGCCUAGCCCUCUGCGUAGUUCCAUUACAACCGCUAGCGUUUCCGAUCACCCCAAAUCGACUUCUGGCGCUAAAAAGUCAUCCCAGCCAUCCGAGGAAACAGUUGACAUUGAAACCGUCGAGGAGUUGUCAGUCGCGGAUGUAAACAAGGAUGUCAAGAUGGAGGACGCUACAGAGGCGAACGAUGAAUCCCGGAAUCCAAACAGCGGUGCAGGUACCCCUCAGGCAACCUCUGGAUCAGCGGGAGCAGCAACAUCCCGGUCCAAGAAGCAGGCGAAGGGCAUCACCACAUCCACUGGAGGCGGUGCACCAUCGCGGAUCAUGGCCGAUCUUCCUACAGCCAGACCUACAGCACCCUUUGUGAUCGACAAGAACCAAAAGGCGCGUAAGUGGGGUCGGUCCAGCGGCGUUUUCCAGACCCUAGGAGGCGAACUGUCACUCCCCUUCUGGACUUCAGAUCAAGAGAUGUUGUUGAAUGAACCACGACCGUUUUUUGUUCAAAGGACGUACACGCUCAACACGACCCCCACCACGACAGGAAACUCCGCGACGGCGACGAAUUUAGCGCGGAUCGCAGUUUUGAACCAGAUGGAUAACGGCUUUUACAACUACGACACACCCGAGCGAGGGAGCACCCCCGAGAGCGGCGACAGCUCGCCAGCACCUCAGCCAGUCUUACCAUCCAAAAAGAAGAAGAUGAAGGUGCCACAGCGCGGAAUCCGGAAAUCACAGGGCGGCGAUGGCAACAGCAAUGGUGGUGGCAGAUCUGCGGGAGUGACGGCAGGCAUGGAGGCCAUGCAAGUGGAUGAUCACCCAGUGCCGUCGUCAACUCCCAGAGCCCACUCUGGCAAGUCGUUGUCGAAGCGCAAAGGAGUCGCCAGGGUUGUGGUGGAUGAGGAUGCGGAUAACUCUAGUGCGCGGUCGACCCCUGGUCCAUCGGCUGGAACGCCGACGAUGAUGAGUACAGGAUCGAAACCACGCCCUAUUCCGACUCGGCCUAGGACAUUUCCUUGUUCAUUUGAGGGAUGCACCAAGUCGUUUAUGGACAAGUUCCAUUUGAAGCGACACGAGAAGCGCCAUGUGACUCAGGUGAUUACGUGUGGAGUCGACGGAUGCACCAAGGCGUACGACUCGAUUAGUACGAUGAGGCGGCACCAAAGUAUGAUGCAUCGGCAGUGGAAGGAGGAGAUGGAAGCCGCUGCUGCCGCUGCCGCUGCGUCGGCUUACGCGGCGCGGUCUCGAGUCGAUGGCGAUGGAGAGGAGGAUGGCGAUGGCGAUGGCGACGCGGGAGUGGAGGAUGAUGGAGAGGAGAGCACACCUUCAUCGCCGACUUUGUCUGCGACUCCCUUCACUGCGGCUUCUUCUCCCAUGCGGGAACAAAUCUAA